UGUACCUACUUGAGGUAGCAAGAGUAAUUCAGGUUUGGGAAAAACGAAAAAAAAAAACAGGAUAGGACAGGAAGAGGCGAAGGCGUGGACGAUGACAUUGUUGACUGAUGGUCGGUUCCGUCGGUUCUACGGUUCUUUUUGGGGCGUCUUCCGACUCCUUUUGUUUUCUUAGCACGUUGGUUUUCCUUGCGGUAUUCCCCUUCCGCCACUCUCUCGCUAGUCUCAGUUUGCUUCCUGUGUCAAUUGUAAAUCGUUUCCCUGUAUCUGUGCCAGCUAUCAACAAGUCCGUCUGCGUAGCACGCUUGCUUCCCUUGUGUCUCUCGGAAACCACGUCUGCAUCGGGAGAUGGAGGGGUUGUGCAUUAAAGAGUUAUUCCGGAUCCUCUAUGGCGAGGUCUAUGAGGGCGAUACCGAUAUGGUUCUCACUUGGAAGAGACUAAGGUCCGUUGCCCUCAAGGAGUCAAAGACGCACAAAUUCGCAAU